GUGUCACCAGGAGAUUACAAAGAUUUUAAACCAAAUAACCCAGACAUUAAAGUUGAAGACGGAACUUUGACGAUAAAUAACAUUCAAAAAACAAAUGAAGGUUACUACUUGUGCGAAGCUGUCAAUGGAAUUGGUUCUGGAUUAUCGGCUGUUAUCUUAAUUAGUGUACAAGCUCCUCCCCAAUUUGACGUUAAAUACCGCAACCAAACUUCACGACGUGGUGAUCCAGCCGUACUCCAGUGCGAAGCCAAAGGAGAAAAACCAAUCGGCAUCAUUUGGAAUAUAAAUAACAAACGUCUCGAACCAAAGGGAGACAAUCGAUACACCAUCAGAGAACAAAUCUUGCCUAGCGGCGUAUUGUCCGACUUGAGUAUUAAACGUACCGAACGAGGAGAUUCAGCGAUAUUCACUUGCGUGGCUACGAAUGCUUUUGGUAGUGAUGAUACCAAUAUCAAUAUGAUCAUUCAAGAAGUGCCCGAAGUGCCAUAUGGUCUUAAAGUUUUAGACAAGUCUGGAAAAACUGUGCAGCUCUCUUGGGUGUCUCCUUAUGAUGGAAAUUCUCCCAUUAAGAAGUUCUUAAUCGAAUACAAACCAAGCAAAGGAAGUUGGGACAAAAACUCCGAAAGAGUACUCAUCCCAGGAGAUCAAACCGAAGCCGGCAUUUUCACCCUUCGCCCAGCCACCACAUACCACAUUAGAAUCAUCGCUGAAAACGACAUUGGCUCGAGCGACCCCUCCGACACUGUUACCAUCAUCACUGCUGAAGAAGCCCCAAGUGGUCCACCAACCGGAAUCCGAGUAGAAGCCGAAGACCAACAUUCCAUGGGUGUUUUCUGGAAACCUCCAUUGAGAGAUCAUUGGAACGGCGAUAUCCAGGGAUAUUAUGUAGGUUAUAAACUAGCUAACACUGACAAACCAUACUUGUUCGAAACUGUGGAAAUUCAACGAGAAGAUGAAGCCAAAGAACACACUCUAAAGAUUACGAACCUUAAGACCUACACCCAAUAUUCGGUGAUAAUUCAAGCAUUCAACAAGGUUGGCGCCGGUCCCACGUCGGAAGAACUGAAAGCCAAUACAGCCGAAGGUGUACCCGAACAGCCUCCAGAAAAAACCACGUGCACCACUCUUACAGCUCAGACUAUAAGAGUCUCUUGGGUGUCACCACCACUUACAUCUGCGAACGGCGUAAUCAAAGGGUACAAAGUCAUCUAUGGACCUUCUGACUCUUGGUUUGGUAAGUUUGUAUUCAGAUAUAAAUGUAUUUGUAAUAUAAUUAGUGAAGGAGAGGAGACGGCUGUGAAAUUUACAGGAGCGAAAAUAGUAAAUGAGAAAGGAGCGAUGUAG